ACACAGUCAAUACACAAAUCCUAGUGGUGGAUAUAUAGGCUUGUGCAUUGUAGCUGCAUGCAACAGAGUCAAGAGUUGGUCACCAAGUUGAGAGAAGUCCACUCAGUGUUUCAUACAAAUUUAUCCAUUUACCUACGGUGUAUAUUUUUGUGCCGGAAGACCCAGCAAUUUUAAGGAAACCAUGUUCAUGUUGAAGAUCUCUGCCUUUCUUGUUGCUUAUGCCCUGGUUAUUUGCCAGAUGUACAGCUCCCACGCAGCUCCUACCAGACCUGGUUUAGAGUCUAUGACAGACCGGGUCACGCUGACAGACUAUGAAGCCCGGCGGUUACUAAACGCCAUUGUCAAGGAGUUUGUGCAGAUGACAGCCGAGGAGCUGGAACAGCAAGUGAAUGAAGGAAAUAGCAGCGUUACAGCACAGAAGCGAGCAUGCAACACAGCCACCUGCGUGACUCAUCGCCUGGCUGACUUCCUAAGCAGGUCGGGGGGCAUCGGCAGCAGCAGUUUUGUGCCCACUAAUGUAGGUGCCCAUGCAUUCGGACGGCGGAGGAGAAACACCCAGAUGUGAUUCCACCUGCCUUCAGGGAAAUGAGGUUGACCCUUCUCAACAAGAUGACAUCAUAUCCAAUCUAGGCAGAAACAAACUGACAGCCACCACAUUCAUCGUCCCUGUCAACAGAAGAGCUGCUUCCAGGACACAACACGGACUCCCACAGGCUCUUUUGAUGUUAUAACCCUUCCAUUUUGCUUUGGGCAAUCAUGACAAAAAAGACGAAAAAUAUUACUUUUGCUAUGUACAUCACACGACUUCCCAACCCCCCUCCCCACAAAAAUAUAGAGGGAAAUAUAUCUUAUUUUUUGAUAUGAAAUAAAAUAAAGAAACCCUAGUGUUUAUUUCCUUUCUUUGACAUAGAGUACAUAUGUAUCAUGGCACCGCACCGCACCGCACCGUACCGCACCCCACCCCUCUGUCCAUGUCCCAGCAGUGCUCUGCCAUACCUCGGGGACAACAUUAAAGUUCAGCCUAUCCAUGGCUCCCUCUCCAUGGCUGUGUCUUGUGCCUUGAUGUAAAACAUUUACAUGACAUGAUUGUACAGUCUGUUCCUGUACUUUGAAGAAGACAGAAGACAAGACAUUCAAGAUAUUAAUAUUGUAAUGACUGUGAAUU